AUGGUGGAUGUAUCGUCGAUAAUGAUGGUUCAAAUAAAAUCAUCCAACUUUGAAAUAUCCUAUUGGAAACGGAAAAACAUAGAAUUUCAAUACAAGAAACUGAAAACAAAUUUGAAAGUGAUGGAUUGGUUGGUUUCUAUGCCAAAGGUGGAAUUACAUGCUCACCUUAAUGGCUCCAUUAGAAAUUCAACUCUACUAGAACUUGCAAGAGAAUUGGGCGAGAAGGGUACCAUUGUCUUUUCUGAUUUCGAGCAUGUUAUCAAGAAAAAUGAUCGAUCACUACGUGAAGUGUUCAAGUUAUUUGAUCUGAUCCAUAUUGUUACCACUGACCACAAAACAAUUACAAGAAUUACUAAAGAAGUAGUUGAAGAUUUUGCAGCCGAAAAUGUGGUUUAUUUGGAGUUAAGAACAACUCCAAAGAAGAAUGAUUCGAUAGGUAUGAGCAAAAGGUCAUACAUGGAAGCUGUUGUGGAAGGUUUAAGAUCCAUAAGGAAUCUUGAUAUUAAUUUUUCUUCUGAUGAUUUUGAUAAAUAUUCAUCUACAAAUGAAAAGAAGAUAUUUGUUAGACUCCUUCUUAGCAUUGAUCGACGUGAAUCUACUGAAUCUGCAAUGGAAACGGUUAAUCUUGCUUUGGAAAUGAGAGACGUUGGUGUUGUUGGCAUCGAUCUUUCUGGCAAUCCAACCGUUGGUGAAUGGGCGACGUUUUUUCCGGCUUUGAAAUUUGCUAGAGAACAAGGUCUUUCGGUUACUCUUCAUUGUGGCGAGGUACCUAAUUCGGUUGAAAUUCAAUCAAUGCUUGACUUUCUUCCUGGUAGAAUCGGACAUGCAUGUUGCUUUCAAGAUCAAGAAUGGAGGAAACUAAAAUCAUCUAAAAUCCCUGUUGAAAUAUGUUUGACAUCAAAUAUCCGAACAGAGACAAUUUCUUCCAUUGAUGUUCAUCAUUUUGCGGAGCUUUACAAGGCCAAUCAUCCCAUAGUCCUUUGCACGGACGACUCAGGGGUAUUUUCGACAAAUCUUUCUACCGAAUACGCCCUUGUGUCUUCUACUUUCGGUCUUGGAAGGAUGGAAUUGUUUGAACUAGCAAGAAAAGCUGUUGAUUACAUAUAUGCUGGCAAAGGGGUAAAAAUGGAAUUAAUCAAAGUGUUUGAAUCCGUGGGUAGGACGCUAGAGUACAACUAAUGAUGCCCUGAGUACAAGACAACUAUGCAUUCGUUUUGGAACACUAUUGUUUGAAGGCUUGAUAAUUAUUGUUUGUAUUUUAAUUUUAGUUUAUUUGUAUUUUGACGUUGAACUUCUCAUUAUUUGGAACU